AUGUCUCCCACAAUCAUCUCCCUAUCUAAUGGGGGUGUUGAAUUAGCCACUAUCUGUGGAGUUGUGCUGUGUUUCCUAACUGCCAUAUUUCAUUAUCGUCCAACUCGAGCAAUCAAAUAUUUCCCUGGGCCUACACCAUGGCCUCUAGUUGGGAAUUUGCCAUAUUUCUCAAAGGUAUUGAAGAAUCUACAAGUAGAGCUUCCUUUAAUGGCUGAGAGAUUCGGCGGGCUUUGCAUGCUUUGGAUGGGCUCCCAACCGACGCUGGUGAUAAGCAGUCUCAAAGAUGCGGACGAGUUGUUAAAUAAGAAUGGAGCCUUGACGUCCAAUCGGCCGAGAAACAAUAUUUUUGUUGAACAUGCAAUGCCUCAUUACAUCGCUAACGCCCAAGUUGGUGAUGAGUUGCGCUUCUUUCGACGCAUUUACUCCGACCUUUUAGGUCUUAAGCAAUCGCAGCGUAUGAAAAAGUACCAAGAUUACGAAUAUACACAGGUGCUACGUGCACUAUGCGACGACCCUGACGCGUUUGAGACUCAUUUGAAUCGAGGGGCAAUGAGUGUUAUUUUUUCGGCCGUAUAUGGCGUUCGUGUCAGCCGCCUCGAUCAUCCCCUCAUGGUUGAACUGCAUGCGGUUUGGCAAGAGAUUUUAAAAAACCUUCAAUCUGGAAGUCUCAUAAUCGACUAUUUGCCGUUCUUGGAGAAGCUGCCGCUCCGUUUACAACCCUGGGUACAGCAUGCAGACUCACUUGCCGCUCGCCAAUAUGCAGUUCACAUGGCUUUUCUCACGAUGCUGAGGAAGCAGUUUGAGGCCGGAGUUGAGCCUGUGUGCUUUGGUGCUGACAUGCUGCAACGCCAAAAGCAGCAGGGAUUUGAUGACAAGAUUGCGAUUGGCCUUCUGUCCGGCAUGAUUUUUCUCGGCGGUGAAUCAAGUAGUAGUAUGAUGAAUUCUUUUAUCAAGAUCAUGGCCAUGCAUCCUGAAGUUCAGAAAAAAGCCCAGCAAGAGCUUGACAGGGUUGUCGGACCCUCCCGUCUCCCAACAUGGGAAGACCACGAAAAUCUGCCCUACAUCAGAGCUCUCAUCAAAGAACUUCACAGAUAUAGUCCCAUUCUCAGUUUCGCCGCCCCGCAUGCUUCUACCGAAGAGAUUACAUACAAGGGAUGCACCAUUCCAAAUGCCACUUUGAUCCUCCCUAGUACAGAUAAUCUUCACCGGGACCCUUCGCGAUAUGAGAACGGUGAUGAGUUCCAGCCGGAGCGCUUCCUUGGUGAUGAACUGGAUGCGCUUUCUAGCGCUAAACACCCGGAUUACCUCAAGCGUGAUCAUAUUAACUAUGGUUUUGGACGUCGUCUGUGCCAAGGCAUCUACGUUGCAGAGAAUUCGCUCUUUAUUCAGGCUUCUCGUUACCUCUGGGCCUUUAAUAUUACCCCUAGGGCCGGAGAACCUCCGCUGAGCAUGGCCGAUGUUCAGGAAACGAUGAGCAGAAAACCCAAGUCAUUCAAAGUGGAUAUCACGCCGCGAUGCGACGCAAUACUCCAAGUGGUGCGACAAAGUGCAGAGGAGGCACAUACUGAUAUUCCCGAUGUAGAUGAUAUUGAGAUGGCAGAGUAG